CGGGACACGGCGGCGGCCCCGGGGAGCGCGCUUCUCCGCCGGCCUCCGCGCUCCGAGGACCCGGGGCAGGUGCUGUUCUAGACGAUGACCAUAGAGGACCGUCCAGAUGACCCACUAGGAGGAGGUCCUCUGACUGGAAGAUACCCGUUCCUAGUUCCCGGUUCUGAUACUCCGGUUACAUUUUCCAUCUGUGCAGCGCCAAUGCCUUCAGACUGUGAGUUUUCUUUCUUUGAUCCUAAUGAUGCAUCAUGCCAAGAAAUUCUCUUUGAUCCCAAAACUUCAGUCUCAGAGUUAUUUGCCAUUUUAAGGCAGUGGGUUCCUCAGGUCCAGCAAAACAUUGACAUUAUUGGAAAUGAGAUUCUUAAGAGAGGUUGCAACGUGAAUGAUAGAGACGGGCUGACGGAUAUGACUCUUCUACACUACACUUGCAAGUCUGGAGCUCAUGGUAUUGGUGAUGUUGAGACAGCUGUAAAAUUUGCAGCUAAACUUAUUGAUCUGGGCGCGGAUGCCAGCUUGCGGAGUCGCUGGACGAAUAUGAACGCUCUGCAUUAUGCCGCCUACUUUGAUGUCCCAGAGCUUAUCAGAGUGAUUUUGAAGAGAUCAAAACCAAAAGAUGUGGACGCCACCUGCAGCGACUUCCACUUUGGAACUGCCCUGCACAUUGCAGCGUAUAACUUGUGCGCAGGCGCCGUGAAGUGCUUACUGGAGCAUGGCGCAAACCCCGCAUUUAGGAAUGACCAAGGGCAUACCCCUGCCGAUGUUGUUCCGGACCCAGUGGACAUGCCCUUGGAAAUGGCCGACGCUGCCGCCACCGCUAAGGAAGUCAAGCAGAUGCUUCUCGACGCGGUGCCGCUGCCGUGUGCCACCUCAAAGGCCGCCCUUCCUAACCACGGUCAUGCCACCAGCAGGGCCGUGCUGACGUCUCUUGGCCUGAAGCUGGGGGACCGGGUGGUCAUCGCAGGACAGAAGGUUGGGACGUUAAGGUUUUGUGGAACAACGGAGUUCGCACGUGGACAGUGGGCUGGCAUUGAGUUGGAUGAGCCAGAAGGAAAGAACAACGGAAGCGUUGGGAAAAUCCAGUAUUUCAAGUGCGCUUCUAAGUACGGUAUUUUUGCACCUCUUUCAAAGAUAAGCAAGGCGAAGGACGGGAAGAAGAGCGCAGCACACGCGCCUUCCGCUCGCCCCGCGCCUCUCCUCCGGCCGCACAGGCCCGAAGUGGCCCACGUCCCGUCUAAAGUGAACUCUGGAUUGAUGACAUCAAAAAAAGAGAGUGCUUCGGAAUCCACACUUUCAUUGCCACCUAGUGAAGAACUGAAAGCAGUGGCAGAGAAAGAUGUUACCCAGCGCACGUCGGUCAGCAGCUCUUCCUCCAUGUCUUCUCUGGAGCACAGGCAGAGCUGCCCUGAGAAACCGAGUGGCCACAGCAAGAAGACCCUGAGAAAAAGCCCCUCUCUCCCCUCCAGAGCCACUGCCGGUUUGAGUUCUUCAGCAACGUCUGCAGCAAAUAGCAGUCGGCAAGGAGAGCUUCGCCUCGGAGACAGAGUGCUGGUGGUAGGCCAGAGAGUUGGGACCAUCAAGUUCUUUGGAACGACAAACUUUGCUCCAGGGCAUUGGUACGGCAUAGAGCUUGAGAAACCCCAUGGCAAGAAUGACGGCUCAGUGGGAGGUGUGCAGUACUUCAAGUGUUCACCGAGAUACGGAAUAUUUGCUCCCCCGUCCAGGGUGCAAAGACUGUCAGAUUCCCUGGAUACACUUUCAGAAAUUUCUUCAAAUAAACAGAAUCAUUCUUAUCCUGGUUUCAGGAGAAGUUUCAGCACGGCGUCUGCUUCUUCCCAGAAAGAGAUUGACAGGAGAAACGCCUUUGCCAAGUCAAGGACUGCUCUGCGCCGUAGCUGGAGCAGUGCCACGACAGCAGGUGGCCUCGAGGGGACUGCAAAGCUUCGCGAGGGCUCUCAGGUCCUGCUCACGAGCUCUAAUGAGAUGGCUACUGUUAGGUACGUGGGCCCCACGGACUUUGCUUCAGGUAUCUGGCUUGGACUGGAGCUCCGGAGUGCCAAGGGGAAGAACGACGGCUCUGUGGGUGACAAACGCUACUUCACCUGUAAGCCAGAUCGUGGGGUGUUGGUUAGACCGAGCAGAGUGACCUGUCGGGGGGUUAGUGGAUCGAAGCUCGUGGGUGAGAGUUGCUGAGUUACACUUCUGAAAUACUGAGCUUAUAUGCGUGUGUGUGCAUAGAUGUCUAUGUAUGUAUAUAUCCAUGACAAAGGCUUAUUUUAUUUAGCUGUUAUUUAAAACUUGAUAUGUCGCAUAUAGCUAUUUCAUAAGAUAUAACAAUUCAGACUCAAAGGCCACAAAUAUGAGAUCUAGUGAUCGUGAUUCAUUUGAAAACAAUUUGAAAAUAAGCACUUUUAGGCACACAAAGUGGUACAUGCGUCUGGAAUUUGUUUGCAGUGGCAAGAGGCCCUGGUGUGCCCAUUCUACCCCCACCCCCCAACUGUCUC